UCGUCUAGAAAAUCUCGCUGUUUAUCAUUUAAUUUGUAAACAUAUGAUAGGCGCUCAACGGAUGGAACAUAUACCUCAUUAAUUUAAUCUAAAAGAUAGGAGAAUACGGACGACUUCUAGUUAGUAGGUCAGUGGUUGACACUGCUCUCGGGUAGUAGAGAUGGUCCCUUCUCGAACCAUCCCGGUAGCACCGCAAAAACCGGGAUUAUCAUCGCUGCCCAGACAUCAAAACCGGCUUCCCAUCCCUCGAUGUGAGCCAAUAGUCCCACCACCACUUUGGUUGGCUUCUCCUUUGGCGAUGGCAGCUGUCGGACAUGCGCACCGCCCAGGAAGCAACGUUGGCUUCUGUCGAUACUGCUUCGGCGCUUCGGCGUACGAGAAAAAACGUGACAGUCCUUGCAGGUUUUUGUUGUUGUCUUUGUCGAAGCUUCUAUCUUGCUUCUACCUGCGGCGCUGUGUGCAAAAGCAAGAAGAGUAGUGGCGUGUCAUGUUUAACGUUCCAAUUCAGGUCUGCGAGCGAGGAUAUGCAAUUGGAGGACACCUAUAGCGACAUGCGAAAUCCUUCCCUUUGAUAGCAUACCGUUGUGUUUAUUGAUUUUAAAAUAUUUGGUAUCCUUAUGGACGAUACCAGCUUUUCCAAGUCUACCUGCUUUUACCCUAGUGGCCGUAACACUUUCUUACCUCCCACAGUCUCUCUCUAUCUCUCGCUCUUUCGUGCUCUUUAUUUUCAGUUGGAAAUCUUUCCAUUCACCGUACAACUCCGUACAGCGAAUGAGGGGAUGGUGGGUGGGGUGGGUUUGUCGUUAGUGUGGGAAAGCGCCGUCGUGUCGGUGCGGCGUGGAUAAUAUUGUUUUUUUGUUUUUUGCACGAGAAAAGCACACAGAGGGAGCAAAAACCGCGAGAGCCCUCGGUAGACGGACGGCGAUUGCACGCCACACGGAUGGCAGUGGCAAACACCACAAAAAGGCAAAAAAAAAAAUCUAGUACUACACGAUCGCUUUACAAGUUGAGUUCGGUUGGUAAACCGAGAUACGAAGCGGUGGUGGUCCCUCGUCAGUGCAGUCUGGCUCGCUACCGUCGCGCACCGAUAUCCAGCCACUGGUUGGAUCGGCGGGGGUUUUUUGUUGGGGUGUUGUGGCGGCCUUUUGCUCUGUGUGGCUACUUCGUGCCAGUGGUUUGGUUGUGUCACCGGCCGGUGACAAAGAUAUUCGGGUGUCCUGUGUGGAAAAGACCGCAUACAACAAAGAGGCAGAAAGGUGGUGUGCUGUUCACUGAGAUAUGGUGCGUUUUUUGUGAUAACCCUUGUGUGCAUUCAACGGGAACGUGUUCGAACCAACCGCCGAAAGCUUCUUUCAUCAACUGCUGCUGCGUGCGUAUCGGGUGUAUCAGAUUACUCUCUGCCCGGGGUCGAGUUCAAUAUGUCUUGGAAGUUCGGCGAAGUCCCGAAACCCGGUGCGGAGCAAGCGUUUGAUGCGUGCGAUUACUUUGUGGAUGAGGUGAUCGAACCGUGGAAAAUACCAGAUACCCGAGAACAGAUUCGCAGCCAGAAGCAUCGGGCACUCCGAGAAGCGGUCACCGCGUCGGAUGAAGCAGCCGUCCAGUUGCUGCUAGAAAACAUUGGCUCCGACAGAGAAAUCAUAGUCAAUAUGGCUCCCGGUGGUGCCAAUACACUGCUGUUCAUUGCGGCACAAACCGGCUCGGAACGCAUUGUGCAGCUACUGCUGGAGGCGGGUGCCGACGGAAGGGCACACGCAGUCACCAAAUACUCGCCACUGUACACCGCCGUACACAACGGCCAUACGAAGGUGGCUGCCAUGCUGCUGGACCGGUUUCCCGAGCUGGUGCAGCAGGUCACGGUCGAACGAUGGUUACCGUUCCAUGCGGCCUGCAUCAACGGGCACUGUGCCGUGGUGGAGCUGCUCAUCAAACAUCCGUACGUGGAGGAUCUGCUCAGUACGUACCGCAGCCCGAACGGGGAGCUCGAAUGGCGGCUUGCGUUCGAUCCGAACGCGCAGGAUGUGGCCGGCCAAACCGCACUGUACGUUGGCUGUCUGCUCGGCAAUCCACAGCUCGUCGAAACGUUACUCAAGUGGAGGGUGAAAUGUGUGAGGCAUGCGUUACCGGCAGGCGCAAGCAAUGGUGGACCACCGGGUGGACCAAACUCGAACCGGCUCGAUGAAACGGAUGUCGGGGGAAGCAAUCCACUUAGCCCGACAAGUCGCAAAGUAUCGUUCGGGAUACAGUCGAUCAUGUCGCGGCUAAGCUUAAGCGGCCGUUCCGAUCCGUCCGAGGACAGUGAAGGGCUGGACGGUGAGAUGCGCUGCCCGCUCGAUCUGGAUGUUUUGUGCGGUGCGGCACGGGAAACGGCAUUACUUGCGGCUGUCCGCGGUGGAUUUCUAGACGUGGUAACGAUACUGCUAGAGAACGGUGCUGAUCCGAAUGUGAUUGCCCGAGCCGUUGAAGACCAAAACGAUCCGAAAUCAUCAGAUGAAAUUUACGGCUUUUCCAAUGUGCCGCUUGCGGAAGCGACGCGCCAAAAGUCGCUACCGAUGGUGGAGCUGCUGCUCAAGCAUGGUGCACGGGACGAUCAAUCGGUGGCACUCAGUAUCGCGGUACAGAAUGCGGACGAACCGAUCAUUUGCCGGUUGCUCUCGAUCAAGGCACACCCGGACCCGGACUAUAAGAUUAACAAGCGCGCCUUCACCGGGCAGGAACCGUCGGCUGCGGAGUACAGUUUUGCCUCGCCGCUUGCAUUUGUAAAGAUGGGCGGUAACUUUACGUACAGCUCGCUGUUUCCCAGCACGGCUACAAUGAUUAAUUGGCACAGCAAUAAUUGCCGGCUAGGAUCGAUACGCAUGGCGUGGUUGAGUGAGGCGGUGCUGCAGUGCAACCGGAAGCUACGGGCCCAUCCGAAGUGUCAUCAGCUAGCGCUGGCCGCCCUCACGCGCAUCGAUAUAUCGCACAACACGCUGACGACGCUACCGGCGGAAAUAUUUGCGCUCGGCAGCUUACGCUACCUGAACGCAGCGCAGAACAAGAUCGAACGGUUACCACUGCCCGAGGAAGACGUGGAACGGUUGGGUGGGGUUGGUGGACGGACCGAGGGGAAACGGCGCGGUUCGGGUAAACCGAUCGAGUAUCAGUGUCCGGUGCUGGAAGAACUGUACCUGCAGGAUAACCGGUUGGAGUGCGUACCGGCGGUACUGUUCCGGAUGCCAAAUCUUGCCAUACUGGACGUGUCCAACAACAAGCUGCAAGAGCUACCGUUCGAGAUGUGGAAGGCACCGAAGCUGAAGGAGCUGAACGUGGCGUUCAACUUUCUCAAGGACCUACCGUCGCUACCGAUCACGGACGGCGGUGUUGGGGUGGGGCUGGAUGGAGCACGCGUUGAGCUGCCGUCUCCGGUCACCAUCGGGGUGGAGGGUGGUGGUAGUGCAGCAUCAGCCGCCCUUUUCCAUCUGUACACCGGGACGAGCGCAUCGUUCGAUGAUGGAACGGAAGCGCUGGCAAGGAACCGGCAUGUAAGCAACCUGGAGCUGGUAAGACACCAUAUUUGGGCCCGUUCGCUGGAAGUAACCGAGCAGGAGCUUCGGUUGGCCGACUCCCGGCACGAUAGUGCACUGUCGCAGCUGAGCAGUCUUAAUUUAGCGAACAAUCUGUUCACCAGCAUCCCGUUGGCGUUACCUUGCCUGGCGGUGAAUCUGACGCGGCUUAACAUGUCGUACAAUAGUUUACGGUCGAUGGGGCACGUUACGAGCUAUCCCGCCUCGCUCAAGCAGCUCGAUUUGGGCCAUAACGAGAUCAGCUGUUGGCCCAGCCUGCCCAGGAUAGCAGCGUCCGAUCCGCAUCUGAUGUGUUACAACCCGCAGGAAGGCAAAAAGCAUCUAACCGACGGUGGUGCUGGAGGAACAGGCAGUGGAGCAGGAGGUGGAGGGGGCAGUGCGGGGAAAUCGGGCAGCAGGGGUGGAACAGGAAGCAAUGGGGGACCCGGUGGUGAUACGACACCAUCAUCCAGCACAUCGGCAACGUCGUACGGGGGCACGGAGAUGACGACGGUGGUGAAAUCGUCCACCAGCUCGAACAGCAUCACCUCGUUACGGACGGCUGUCCUGAAAAGUGUGUGCUGUCACCGGCGACACCUCCGGCUGGAGUCCUUACGUACGCUCGUUCUGGCCGAUAAUUCUCUUACGCGCAUACAACUCUCCACGGACGAUGUGACGACGUUGGGCGAGUCGGAAGAUGCUGAGUGGAGUUUGAUCGGGAUGGCGAAGUCGCGGCUCAUCUUCCCCAAUCUCUCGAUGCUGGACAUUAGCAACAAUUGCUUGAAGGAGAUCCCACCGUCAAUCCAUGAGCUGACCAACCUGAGCGUGCUUAACCUGAGCGGUAACAUGGACAUUACGGAGCUACCGCCGCACAUGGGUCUUCUGUCGCGGCUCUGGAACUUGAAUACGCGCGGGUGCUCGCUGCAGGAUCCGCUACGGUCGAUGAUCGAGAGCAAGAAGUACAAGACGAUGGAUAUCGUGGGGUACCUAAAGUCGGUGUACGAGGACGCACGGCCGUACGCCCGCAUGAAGCUGAUGGUGGUCGGUGUGCAGGGCAUUGGGAAAACCAGUCUGCUCGAACAGCUCCGCAGUGAGGGUUCAUCGCGCGGCAAGAAACCCGUCGAUCAUUGGGCAAAACGGAUGGGACAUCGGAACAUUAACCAGAAAACGUCCCGCGGCAUCAACAUGUCGACGGUCGGUGUCGACAUUGGGGAUUGGGUGUGUGAGAAGAAGGUGCGCGGCCAAUCCCAUCACGGGCCGGUCGUGUUCCGGACGUGGGAUUUCGGUGGACAGCGGGAGUACUACGCCACCCAUCAGUACUUCCUGUCCAAGCGCAGCCUGUAUCUCGUGCUGUGGCGCAUCAUCGAUGGUCGCCGUGGUUUGGCGGAAGUGCUGCAGUGGCUCGGCAACAUACAGGCCCGGGCGCCCAACUCACCGGUGAUAAUUGUUGGGACGCAUUACGAUGCGGUUGGCGAAACGCUGCCGGCAAAGAAGGCGGAGGAGCUGCAGCAAAUCAUACGGGAUCGGUUCAUUGCCGUGUCGGACGCGGAAAAGAUUGGUUUGCCGCGGGUGCUAGAUUCGAUCGAGGUUAGCUGCCGGACCGGUCACAACAUCAAGCUGCUGGCGGGCCUAAUCUACGAUACGGCCUUUUCCCUGCGGCCACCGGGCUGCAAAGAACCGCUGCUGUAUCAACGCGUACCGGCCAGCUAUCUGGCGCUGGAGGAUGUGGUCGCGAACAUUGCGGCCAGCUUGCGCCAGCAUGGGGCCGAUCCGGUGCUGGACGCUGAUCGCUACCGGCAGACGGUAACGCACGAGAUGCAGCUACGGGGGCUGAAAGGUUUCCGCGAUUGGUCCGAACUGAACCAAGCAACCAUGUUCCUGCACGAUAACGGUGUGCUGCUGCAUUACGACGAUGCGACACUGCGCGAUCUGUACUUUCUCGAUCCGCAGUGGCUGUGCGACAUGCUGGCGCACGUUGUGACGGUGCGCGAAAUUAACCCGUUCGCUCGGACGGGCGUGAUGAAGAUGGAUGACUUGCAGCACGUAUUCAAAAGUUCCUGUCUGGGCAGCAACAAUAAUCGAGGCUACAUUGUGAGCCUGUUGAAUAAAUUUGAAGUUGCCCUGUCGUGGGAUGCCCGAACGCUACUGAUCCCGUCCCUGCUGCCAACCGAGGAGGAUAGUGGCUCGGAUCGUAUGGUCACGGUAAAGAUUGCAACUCGAUCCAAAGGCUGGGUAAAUCGGGCCCGUCGUAAUCCACUAGGAAACACUGGCUAUUCGCUACCUUCGUACGAUCACCCACUGCAGACGCUUGUCGGUUCCGCCAGCUUAGAUCACUCACCAGUGCCGACGCCCACUCCAACCGACACCAAUGCGGCCACCAUCUGUGACGUCCAGAUGGUACCCCAUCCCGACCGUUCGAUCGCUCGGCUGCUGCUCAUGUCCUACUUUCCGUCCGGCUUCUGGUCGCGUCUCAUUACGCGCGUGCUGGCCGACGAUCAGGUGGUGGAAGCGGUACGCGGACUCUACCCACUACCGAGGGAACUGGUUGACCAGUGUGCCGGGCUGGAAGAUGCACCCGCCCUAUCCGCCCAUUGGGCUGUAUGGCAGACGGGUCUUUCGCUGCACUUUGGAUCUUCGACGGUGGUUUUCAAGAUGCGUGAAAUUUCGAUCACAUGUCCAACGUCUCCCUACCGUAAUCCGAUGAAUCGGUUUAAGCUGAAGCAGGACGGUAUCUGGUGUGACAUCGAUCUAACAGCUAGCUCCAUUCUGGAGAUUCACUUCCCAUGCAAUGCGCUGCGCGUACAAGUGCCGGGUGGCGGUGAAGAGACCGAGGACUCGCAGAAACCAGUAACGUGUGAAAUCGAACCCAACAUCCAGUGCUUAACGCAACUGCUCGCCCUGACCGUCGAUCACAUCGAUUUGCUGCUGGAGGAUUGGUAUCCGACACUCGGGACGCGGUUUGUGCACACGUCCGAGGGGCGGUUUUUGGUGACGCGCCUCGUACCCUGUCCACGGUGCUUGCGCGAGUGCGAAGAGCGUCACGCGCCGAAUCUUCCCUCCCAGGUCAAACCCUGCUCGACGCUAAAUCAGCGCGCCGCGUACGCUGCCAACGGUGUCCAUCGGCACCGGUUAAGCAUUGGCGAACGGCGCGCGCUGGAUGGUGGCGGUGGAGGUGCUGGUGGAUCGGGUGGUGGUGUUGAGGCAAGCGGAGGAUUAAAUGAGCUGCCUGGUAUAUUGCACGAUACGAUGGCGGCCGCUGCGGCCGGUCGGAAGUCGCAGGAUUCGCUCGGCUGGUCCGAUUGCGAUUCGGGCGUCGGUCAGGAGACGGCCGACAGUUCCAGCGAAACGUCCAUCGAGGGCUACACGCUCGCGGUGGCGGGAGACGGUUCGCCGAGCUAUUCCUGGAUGGUGGAGGAAUGCAUCCUGGCGGCGUACGAUCGAAAAUCGGUCGCAUGUCCCAUCCACGGUGAGAUCGAGCUCAGUCGCAUCACACCGGAUGUGAACUUUAUGGACCUACCCGAUCACUACCUAAUCCGUUCGAGUGACAUCAACCGGGGUCCACUGCUCGGUCGUGGUGCGUUUGGAUUUGUGUUUAAAGCAACUUGCAAAGCAACACGCCACUCCAACCACUCCUCCCUCCCUACCUCAACCGCACUGGCCGGCCGGCUAUCGUCCCUUCUAGGCAAUGGCACCAAUGCCACCCCCGCGAGCGGUCCAACGAUUAACGUUGCGAUGAAGAUGCUUCAACCGGUUGCACCCGGACCACGGGCGCGGCAGAGUGCCAUCAUCGCUUACAAAGCCGCACUCGGCAAAUGGGAACGUGAUCCGCUACAGCACGCCUGCAAAGCCUACUGUACCGCCCGGCAGGAGUUGGCCGUACUCCUUACGUUACGCCAUCCCCACAUCGUGCCGCUGAUCGGUGUCUGCACGCAACCGUUAGCGCUGGUGCUGGAUCUCGCACCGAAAGGUGCGCUGGAUGCGGUUCUACGCCACUUCCGGCGCAGUGGUGCCCGCAUCGGACCGUACUGCUUCCAGGCGCUCGUACUGCAAGCGGCCAAAGCGAUGGAAUAUCUGCACCGCCGGCGGGUGAUUUACCGCGAUUUAAAGGCUGAGAAUAUACUGGUUUGGGAGUUUCCUGAACCUCAUGCACACGAUCAUCCCUCGAACGCGGUACACAUCAAGGUGGCCGACUAUGGUAUCAGCCGCAUAACGCUACCCUCCGGCUCGAAAGGAUUCGGCGGUACGGAAGGCUUUAUGGCGCCGGAAAUUAUGCGCCACAACGGCGAGGAAGAGUACACGGAAAAGGUGGAUUGCUUUUCGUUCGGUAUGUUCCUGUACGAGCUGAUCUCGCUCCGGCAACCGUUCGAAGGGCACGAAGCGGUCAAGGAAUGCAUCCUGGAGGGUGGCCGUCCGGUGUUGACCCACCGGGAAACACAUUUCCCUUCCUACUGUCUCGAUCUGAUGGUGCUGUGCUGGGAUCAGCAGCCAAAGCUCAGACCCUCAGCCAGCCAGAUCGUGUCGAUUGCAACGGCACUGGAGUUUACGCACCUGCUGGACGUGAUAUCGCUGUCGCAUGGGGGAAGCGUGAUGGACGGUAUCGCUUGCAUGAUUACCAGUGCGGACGGUGAGGAUACGGGCAUUGUGUCCGGGUACGAGCUGUGGUGUCCGUGCUCGAACUCACGCAUCGACAUACUGGGUGGAUCGGCUAAGGGCUGGCAACAGUACCAUCGCAUCCUCUGCCCACAGGUGAAGGGUGGUCCUGGUGGUGGGUGCAGUGGUACCGGGCAGGGUUCCGGUUCCGGAUCGAGUGGAACACCCGGUUGUACCGGUGCGUCAGGUACGAUGGGUUCCGGCGCCGGGUCUGCUGGCUCAUCGACCUCUUCGCAACCGACCACACCUCAUCUGCUGAAAACGAUCAAGCUGACCACGGCCUGUGCUGUGGAGUCGGCCGUGUGGAUCGGUGACGCCGAGGGUAACAUUUACGCGUUCAAUGCGGCCGACUGUGUGCAUCUGUUUUCGUACGCACUGGAACCGUCCGCACCGUCCCCGGUGGUGGCGUUGGUAUACCUCAAGAAGUUCCACCGUGUGGCGGCCGGGUUGGAGAAUGGGCGACUGUUUCUGCUGGACUCGACGCUCAUCCCGAGCACGUACGUGUCGGCGGAAGGAAGCUUCGUGCUGUCGGAGCUCGGUUCGGGCGAGCGGUUAUGCUCCGUCACUGCGCUGUGGCUCGCGGAGGACGAGUGUGAGCUGUGGUGUGGCGAACGGGACGAUGCGAUCAGCGUGUUUUCGUUGCGCAACUCGCACGUGUCGGGUCAGCACCAUCUAACGCACUUCCCGGCACCGUUACCGGUGCGCGGGUUGAGCGUCGCGCUGCUGUACGCGUCCGGCGAUGACUUCGUGUACUCGUAUCUGUCUCCAAGCUACAUCCUGUACCAGUGGCGGUCAUCCACCAAGCGGGUAGAGAACAAGCUCGACUGCUCCAAGCUGGUACCGUGCUCGGAAAGCCUGAAGAGCAUCGCCAUCGACGAGCGUCUCAGUCCGGGCAAAUGCCAGAUCAGUGCGCUUGCCGUACUCGGCAACGAGCUGUACGUCGGCACUACCUGGGGCUGUAUCAUUGUGGUGGAGCGGGGCAAUCUGCGACCGACCACCGUUUUCCGUCCGUUCGAGGAGGACGUACGGUGCAUCGUACCGGUCGUACCGAUCACGCCCGGGCAUGAUGCGUCCGGGCACUGCACCACACCGCUGAUCGUAACGAUCGGGCGCGGGUAUCGGUCGCUGAUCGAGCGCUACACGGAUGUGACGGUUGCGGCCAGCGGGACGGCAAGCGCUGGGCGCCAAAUUGCCACCACACCCACCACCCAGGACAAACGGCUGAAGGAGGCACUGGUGCGCGACCGGUCCAACCAUAUGCAUGCGCUGAUCUGGUCUGCGGAACAUUGGGCCCCAAUCUAAGCUGGACCAGGACCGUAGUGAGAACUGACUAUCCAACUAAGCCAGAAAGAAGAGAGAGCGAGAGAGAGAAAGAGAGAGACAGCGAGAGACAGAGAAAGGGAUUAGCUGGACAAAUGGAGACGGAGGUGAUCCGGAGCUGGAGAUUAUAUAUGUGUCUGUGAUUUGAUUUACAUUGAUUUUAAUGUGUGUGUGUGCGUGGCUGAGUGCGCUGUAAGUGUAAAGUGUAACAAACAAAUGCUCCUAGUUUAUUUUGAUCAUGUUUUACCAUUUUAUUGUGAGAAAAAAAAAGUUCAGGCUCUCCAGGGAAAGGGCGCCAGCUAAGGCGAGGUCGAAAACUGCUAACUCCAGGCAGGCGGAGCCGUCAAAGUCGCCUCUACAAGCAAAUAACUAGAAUAUUUAAUUAAAGCGAACGUCAACCGGAAAUGAGAAAGCGUUUAGGUAUAAUAAAAUAUAUUUUAACACGUUGA